AUGUUUGCGUCGCUAGUGCGUUGGUCGCGAACGACGUAUCGUGGCGCUCGUGGAUCCGGUGCAGGUCGCUCGGGGAAGACCGAUUCUCGCUCCUCGUCCGCCUCGCGGCCGACAGACGUGGCGGCUGCACAUGCCGGCCGUACAUUCAAGCGUGCCCAGCGUGGUUUGUAUGAUGGUCGUAUUUUGCAGUUCGGCAAUACCAUCCCCAACUCGCGUCACAAGACAGCGCGACGGUGGGAACCAAAUGUGCAGCGCAAGACGCUGUGGAGCGAAACGCUGCAACAGUGGGUCUCGACUCGUGUUGCUACGUCGGCCAUGCGCUCAAUUCGGAAGCAUGGCGGCUUGGAUCAGUACUUGGCUCAGACAAAGGAUACGCACCUUGGUGAGUUUGGUCGGACGUUGCGGGAACGUGUAGCUCGGGCGCUGAGGGACAAGCGCCUUAUGAACGAGGCGUGA